AAUCUUUUCUCCGAGUGAGAGCAAGAAGACGAGAAUGGGGCACGCAACAACUCUCUCUCACUUCCUCAUCCUCUCUUCCUCCAGGCUCUCUCGUCUCGGGUCUCGCACUAGAUUCCUCACAAAACCCACUCCUCUCUCCGGCUCUUUUUCUCCCUUUCCGGUCACCGGACAAGGGUUCCGAUGCUGUUGCUCCGCCGCCACAGAAGACCCUUCUCCUUCUGUAAAGAAACGUGUGGUCUCUGGUGUCCAGCCUACAGGUUCAAUUCACUUAGGAAACUAUCUCGGCGCUAUCAAAAAUUGGGUCGCUCUUCAGGAUACAUAUGAAACACUCUUUAUCAUCGUAGACUGUCAUGCGAUAACACUUCGAUAUGAUACACAUAAACUAGGAAAGGCAACAACGGAUACCGCAGCACUUUACCUAGCAUGUGGUAUAGACGUUUCUAAGGCUUCGGUAUUUGUGCAAUCUCACGUCCCCGCUCAUACGCAGUUAAUGUGGCUUUUAUCUGCAUCCACGCCUAUUGGUUGGUUACAGAAAAUGACUCAAUUUAAAGAGAAAUCACGCAAGGAGGGGGCUGAGGAUGCUAGUGUCGCUUUGUUUACUUAUCCUGAUCUGAUGACUGCUGAUAUUCUAUUGUAUCAGUCUGAUUUUGUCCCUGUUGGCGAGGACCAGAAGCAGCACAUAGAACUUGCCCGUGAAAUCGCUCAGCGUGUGAAUCAUUUAUAUGGUGGAAGAAAGUGGAAGAAGCUUGGAGGGCGCGGUGGUUCGCUCUUUAAGAUACCAGAACCACUCAUACCACAAGCUGGAGCCCGUGUUAUGUCUCUUACCGAUGGUCUUUCCAAGAUGUCCAAGUCCGCACCUUCUGAUCAAUCCCGGAUCAAUCUCCUUGACUCAAAAGAUCUGAUUGUGGACAAGAUCAAACGGUGCAAGACAGACUCAUUUGCAGGCCUUGAAUUUGACAAUGCUGAGAGACCUGAAUGCAAAAAUCUCCUUUCAGUAUAUCAGAUUGUUUCGGGCAAGACAAAAGAGGAAGUGACGGAGGAAUGCAAAGAUAUGAGCUGGGGUACAUUUAAGCCUCUCCUUGCAGAUGCUUUGAUUGAACAUUUGAGUCCUAUCCAGGCCCGUUAUCAGGAGAUAAUAGCGGAACCAGCGUAUUUGGACAAAGUAUUGUCAGAAGGUGCGGAUAGAGCGGCGGAAUUAGGAGAUGUCACAAUGCGCAAUAUGCACCAAGCUAUGGGAUUCUAUCAGAGGAGAUAGUGCCACUAAUAAGGUCGGCGUUUUUGA